ACAGAAGUUGGACAAGGCAGCCCUCGGCUUAUCACCUGACGACAAGAGAGUGGUGUUCCGUUGUCCCCUAUCUCCAAGACCGGCAUUAGAAACCUUCACUUCUUUCUGCUCACGUGCCCCUACACGUAAUCCUAAAAGAAGAGCAGAAGAGAUGGCUGAUGAGAAUGUGAGAAGAAAUCGGCGUCUGACCUCAUUGGCUAACAGACGCGGUGGUAGUGUUCCUACGUCUCUACAAGAAAGGAAGAUGAGCCGGCAUCAAAGCGGUCAAAGACCGACACUGAACAGCCAAAGGCUCCAUCACCACCUAAAACUUCUGCUCCCGAAAAAACAGUUUCGGCAGUGGCAACAACCAAUGAAAAUGCCGAAAAGGUGUUUGAAGAUCUUACUGUGUCUCCUGUUCCUCAACAGGUAAUAAACUUGGUAUAUAAAAAUUUACUUGUGAUAACGGCCGAAAAUAAAAUUUUUAUUAUAUCGUUAUUAUUAUUUUUAUUAUUUUUACUAACUUAUUUUCUAUUAGGAAACUGUUCCCAUUUCUGCUGAACCUCAACAGGUCGGUCCUGUCAAUUCCGAUACAAGUAUUCCCGGUAUUACUUAUCGGGGUGGAAAGUGGAUUGAACACGUUGAAGGAAAGGUUCCAGAUGAGGUUCUGAAUAGAGUAAGGGCUCCUGAGGGUCGUUCUCGUGAUCAAUGGCGGCCUGAAAUGGACGUCUUCUGUAAUGAAUCCAUUUUCACUGAUGACCCUCUUCGGGGUGGAAAUCUGGGAUAUCGGCUGCUACGAAAUGUUUCAACUCCAGUUGAUAGGCCGUCUGGACAGAUCGGCCCAGUUGCAGCCCAACAUAUGCAUGAUCUGAUGAGGGCGGUUGCUUCUGGAACAGAGUUGGUUGAGAUGUAUAGAUUCUAUCAGGAUAAGUAUCAUCAGAACAUAUCUAACCAACAAUCUCUGGAGACAGCUUUAAAGAAUGCCAAAAAGGCUUUUGAUGGAAUUAAGCUGAUAAAAGCGAAAGAUGAUGCCGAAUUGUCAUCUCUGCGCGAGAAAGUUGAAAAAAUGAAAAAUCUUGAAGAGGAGAUAAAGGAUCUUAAAUCUCAGCUUGAAGAUAAGAACGCCGUGAAGGAUAAACUUUCCAUUGCGCAGAGUGAUCUUUCUAAGGCUAAGGAAACAAUCGGCAACCUAGAAGGCCAGCUGCAAAAAAUGGAAGCCGAUAAAUCUGGGGUACGGCAAAGGGCGGUUAGCCGUUAUUUGUCAUCGGCUGAGUUUUGCAGUAAACUACAAGAUCGUUUUGAUGGUGGUUGGACUGCUGCUCGGAGAUGUGCUGCUCAUGCUAUCGGCCUAAAACAAGAAGACUAGGCUAAGAUUGAAAUAGCAUUUAAUAAUGAUGCUCACAAGACACCUUCUGGAUUCGAGCAACAGGAGUUCUCAGACGCAAAUAUCUUUAAUCUUGCUCCUCCUGCUGAUAUCGGCGUUUUCGACCCUAAGAUUUUGGAUUCUCCUGAACCUGAAAACAAAACGGCUUAAAGGGGCGGGCAGCCAUCACCAUCAUCAUCUUGCGGCUCUUGUGUUAUGGGGCCUUACUCAUUGUAAUUUCUAUUUUGGUUGUGUACUUUUAGAAAACUUGCUUUUGACAAUGCUAUUUUAUCGGCAUAUACCCUUUUGUGGUGAUAUCUGUCGAUCUUGUUUUAGCUUUGCCAAAACAUCGUUUCUUUCAUAACAUUAUGUUUGUAUAUCUUUAAUGUAUUUACG